AUGUCUUCAGCACUCACCACACCAGUUUUCAUACUUCCCCUAGCUCUCUACAAAGAACAAACGCCAUCAGCCGUAGUCAUUGCCGCCAAUCCAACAGCAACUACAAUACAAUUAUACUGCCCUGACGAAGUCUCCGCAGCAUGCGAAUCAUCCGGGUACAACAACUCCAUUGUAAUCGGACCAUGGGCAAGCAAGACUGUCCCAGCUGGCGCGGCUUCAACGGGCAUAUUCCAUUGGAUGCUGGCGUUGAAUGAUCUGGGCGGCGCCAGUUCUGUUGAAUGCCUUGUAAGCAGCGGCACGCCUCAAACAUGUACGACCAUGGCGCUUCCGAAGGAGACUGGGGAAGACGGGAUUACUGACGUUGCGACUGGUUUUGGGAGUAUCACGAAAGAGUUUGAGCUUAAGUUUGGUACGCUGCCAAUCGUCAUCACCAAGGGUCAGGAGCUGCUUGAAACAGCAUCUCAAGCCACGACCACAGAGAAUUCUAGUGCUUCUGAAACCACGGGAAGUGAAACUGAGGCCAGGAGUACAGAGAUCAAGGCAGCUGGCACUUCAACGGGUGCUGCGGCACCAAAGGAAACUAAUGAGGCUGGAUCAAGUGCUGUCCGUAUUUUGGGUAUCAUAUUUAUGGCUGCACUAGCCUCAUUCAUCGUACAGUUUUAG